AUGUGUAUAACUUUUCAGGGACGUACCAUUCUAGUGCGAAACGAAGUACAUCGACAUGUUAGAUUACAACAGUUAACAUUUGAAACGGGAUUUAAAUCCCUCAUAACACCUAAUAGCUCGGAGAAAAAGAGAUUUCUCAAAAUGGGUUCUUGA